GGAGAACGUAUGCUACGAAUCUAAACGAAAUGAUAGAAACACUACUCAAAGAACACGAAGUCGAGCAAAGCUAUUGAGAAGAAGUGAAGUAUUAUUUAUCUGUUUGUAUUUCCCCCCGACUGUACGGUAGAAGAACCAAACAAGUACUCGAUGCCAUGGUGAUAAAUGUGGUCGUGUCCACAGAGUAUACACACACACAUCUGAGGUGGCCGCAAAGGUAAGCACUUGAUCUCGACCUACCUGUCUCGUUGAGUUGAGCUAACUAUAACGCAGACUGUCGUCGUCGGCGGCGAAUCGGCCCUCGCUCGUCCCCUCGCGAACUGUCUUCCCUGUGUGUAUGUUGUGUGUCUCUGUGUGUGUGUGUGCUCGAAGGAAAUGCGCGGAGCCCCCCAUCGCCACCGCCACGAGACAGCGACGAAGCGAACGAACGAGCGAGCGAGAGAGAGGGAGGAGGAAAAGAGGGGGAGAUCAGUCUUGUCGAGUUGUUCAGUAACAAAAACAGGACCACUUUACGAGUGUUUACACUUGAGGAAUAGAGGGCCGUGGAAAAGCUCGUGUGUGAAACGCUGAACGCGUGUGUGUGCCUGCUCAGUCUCUCAGCGUCAUGCGCGUGUUUUACACGACCGGUUAUGAAUGAGCACCGACAGAUCAGAUAGUUGUUGUUGUGUGUAGAUCGUCUUCAUGUAUUCUCCCUGGCACUGUGGAAUAUAGCAACAUCUCCGCUGUGGCAGAGGGUCAGUGACAGAACCCAGGGACAGGCAGGGGGAGAAGGAUCACGUCCCUGGGUCAUCCUCCCACACACACCAUGGCACCUUACUACAGGAGUAAUUUCAUGGGGAUAUCGCCGUUUUUGCUCCUGUUUCUGCUGGGUUACUGCCUCGCAGUUAUAGAAGGUGAGCUCCGCUGCUACUGUAACGAGUCAGGCUGCGUCACCACGGGCUACAUCUGCAAGUCCGCCGCCGGCCGCUGCUUCACGGCGGUGGAAGUACGCGGCGAAACGACGCAUCAGACCCACGGAUGCCUGGACUCCCUGCCGGAGCCGCAGCGUGCGUCCUGCCGCCCUGUCAUGGACGUGGUGAGCGCCAGUGCCAGCGCCAGAGCCAACGGCGUGAAAUCACCGCCUGGCGUUGGAAGCGGCGGUGGAGGUGGCGGAGGGUUGCCGCUGCUGCUGUGCUGUGAUGAGGACAUGUGUAACUACAGGGAGGACCUGGACGUGAGCAUCAUUCUGACUCCGAAAUUCAAUGGGACAUUCCAGAGAGGCAGUGCACCGGCUAACACCGACAAAGCCGUGUACUCUCGAAACCACCCUGACAACCGCGACGAUGAACGUGACCUUUGGUUCAAGGCCGCUGUCAUCGCUGUGCCCAUCGCCGGCGGCUUCAUCCUCGUGCUGCUGGUUCUCCUAGCUGUGCGCAUGCUCAAGACGGACUCACGACAGCACCGGAGACUCAUCCAGAUCCGGCGGGAGAGGAGCCUCACCAAGGCUCACAUGUACAUCACAGACCAUCUGGUGAGCAUGGGGAAAGGGAGCAAACAACAGCACUGCUCGCUCUUCAACGAAAAGACCAACACCACGACGUGCGUGCCCGUGUUCUCAGACAGCUCCGGGGGCACCACGGUGAUCGGCCUGUGUCCCUCUUGUUGCGGGACGGACAUUUCCGCCACGUCACAGUGCAGCUGCAGUCGCGCACCUCGGUCUGAGAGCAGUUACGUCGUGGACAGUGGUCAGACAGAUUCGAAAUGUAGCUGUUCUUGCAGUAGCUGUGGCAGCAACAGCAGCAGUAACAACACAAGCAACAGCAACAGCAACCACUUUCAUCACUGCAACAGCUACCGGAACAGCGGUGGUGGCAGCAGCGGCCCCUUUCAGUAUCCGCCUCCAGCAGACAUUAGUGAUAAAACUUCUCCUCCCCAAGUGACUUGCUCAAUCAACAGUAACAGCAUUCUCAGCAGCGCCUCUGCUGCCAAACCACCUCGCUCUUUCUUCAGUGACCCUCCUCCGGCCGCCCUCAAAACGACGAGCUGCGCGUCGAGGGACAUUAAUGUGAGACUCGUGGACCGAGGGGGCCACUUGUUCCCGCAGGUUGGGAUAUCAUGUCCCAGGGCAGUUGGGGGCGUGGCUUCCGUCGCAGGACACACCCACUCUUCCGUUGCCUCCUGGGAUAAGGCGUGUUCAAAGGGACCUAUGGCUAAUGUGUGAUAAUCUUCUGAUAAAAUAUGUUUGUAUGUAAUUUCUACUGGUGAUAAAACACUGGGGCCCGAUCGCUGUUUCACUUCUGUUUAAGUAGCUGAAGAAGUGAUGCGACUUAUCAUUUAUUAUUAUGCUGUUCAACUGUCUUACGGAAACAGACAAAUGGGAGAUAAGAUUUUACCCUCUUGCGGUGCUGUUGACCGCGGUUCGAAUCUCUAACUGGACUUUCUCGAGUUUGUGUUGUUAUUUGAGUUUUCUAUGGCUCUCCCAUCAAUUUGGUUUAGUAUUAUCACAGUUAUGUGUCAAAAUAUGAGGUAUACAGUUCUUUAUUCUAUAAACCCAUACACUACAAUAAGAAAAGUAUGAAGAAUAAUCGAGCGCUGUCGGCCUGAUGUUUAUGUUACUGGUUGUCGCAGGAGGUGCAGUCCUAUGUUUCAAACUUUUUGUAGAAUUGUUGACUUUGGGAGUGUAUUAGAGGUGCCCAUUUUUCCGGAUUAAUCCAGAAAUCAGUAUUUCUAAAAUUAGCUGGAUAUUGCGCUGUAUAAUAUUAUAUAGCAAUGAAAAAUGGUUUUGAUGCGAAAUUAAUUAGACAAUAUAAUCUGCAAAUUUGGAUUCCCCUGCGCAUUUGCACCGUAUCCGAAAAGUUCAGGAUUUUUUUUUUCACAUCCAGUUGGUACAUUUGUAUUGUUCCAGAGACUUGUGGGUUAGUUCACAGUAGACAGUACUCUUUGUGGCCUCCAGAGUGA